CAGGUAAACUCGCUGUUAGUUUCUAACACGGUUCCAUUAGCUAGGUGAACGUUCACUCGGUACGAGUCCCUUCUGCAGGUCUUCUCGAUCUCUUGUGCAAAAGCUUCGGCGCUAAAACUAAUGAUUGCGCCAGUGUCCACUGUGGCGCUGACCCGCUUACCCGCGAUUAUAAUCUUUGCGCUGGUCCGGUUGUUCUCGAAGCGUAUAUCCGUGCCAUCGGACGUGGCGUCUGUCUCUUGUUGACAGGAGGUGCCAUCGGCGCUCAUAUAUCUCCAACUUUUCGACAUUGGAAUGUCGGACCGUUGGCGGAUAGGUACGUGUUGUAUGCCAACGUUAGCCACUAUGGGAUUCACAAAUGGUUGGCUAUGAGCAGAGAUUUGUAAUGGGUACUGACUGUUCGAAAUCGCACGCUAGGCUGUUCAUCAGGCGCGCGUGGCUGGUCUCGCUGAGGACUCCCACUCUACUAGAUGUGAGAUGAAGUUUAAGGCAAGACACCGCUGACUUAGCUGAGGACGACUGGUUGUAGGCUCGGAUAAUGCAUUCCAAUUCUUGCGGGCUUCAUUGCGUGACAGGCGUAGACUUUGGUGGGUUUGAGGUUACUGCUUCCUAUUACUGCGUAGUGGGGUAUCUGAAAUUGCUUCGUUGAGAAGUGGACUGCCGCUAUUAACUUUCGACGCCAAGGAGGGCGUUGCAUUUGCAUGUCGUGGUUCUCGUUACAGGGGGUCGAUGUCGGAUGAUUUCGUUGACUUAGCUGGGUGGGGCUUGGCUUUUGUUUCGCGGUGGACCUGUCUCGUAGCGUUGCGAGUUGUGGACACGAUACAUUUUCUAGUCUGCGGGGUACCACCCUUCGCGAGGCAAGUUCUUCUUGGGGCCCAUCUCUCGCUGGGGGUGGGCUCCCCGCUAAUUUCCCUGUUGACAGCAGUUAAUGGUUCGUACGCCUCGUCGACCGGUGGCCACGCCCCGUUGUUCGGCAGAUCGCGGCGUCGGGCGCCUUGCUGGAACUCUCGAUGUGUUUCUCUGGGGGCUUCUCGUGACGUGUUGCCCGUCGGAAUCGCCUCCAAAUCGCUGGCGACCUCCAUAAAUUCGGCUAAAUGGGUGAAGUCUCGGCGCCGUAUGCACCACAUGUAAUUGGGCUGCGCAUUUAUAUAGACGCGUUCCAAUUUUUGUUAUUAUUAUAUGUAGGUUAUCUUAUUUGCUUAAUUAACUACUUAUUGAACACAUUAAAGUUACAUUAACACCGACAUUAACAUUAACAGAACUACCACACAAGUCAAAAUGUAAAAAAUCCUGCAAUUUAAAUUUUUUCAAGUUUCUUGGAAUUUUUCUUGCGUAUCGUUCAAUAUAAUGGUGAUAAUUAUCAGGAAAAAUCAGAAUCGAUCAUAAUGCUAAUACAAAACCUAAUGCAUUCAUGUCCACAUUCAUUCGAAAAUAUAUUUAGUUGCUCUUACGUUUUAUGAUAAUAUAAUAAACAAUAAUACAAUAGUUAUGUAAAUUAUAAUAAAUUGUAUUUUUAUAAGCGCUGAAAACGGCAAAAUUAUCGAAAAUAGCUGCAGCCUUGAUAUCCUGAAAAAUAUAGGAAUGCAUUGCUCCGAUAUUGAAGAUAAUGAGCUCUAUGACAACGAAUGUGAAUCGGAAGUUAUUGAAAAUGAAUUAUGCUGUACCCAAGAAAAAAUUUUUAAUAGCGAACGUAAUGGUAAUGAGGUUUUAGACGAAGAAAAUGUCCAAGAGUCCUGAGAAAGUGAUAGUGAAUUCGAAAAUAUUUUAAAUUCUCGUAAAAGAAAGCGUACCCGAGUGCUUUCAAGCUCGAAAGAUGAAAAUGAAAGUAUACGACAAGAUAUUCAAAAUGAAAUUGCUGCAAACGGAACUUGUUGGAAAAAACUACAAGAAAAAAAAUAUUAUGAAAGGUGAAGUACGUACUGCAUUUUUCUUAGUAAUCGAUUACAAUAUUUUUCAUCAUAUAAGAUCUUGCACGGAAUUAGAAGCCUCACAAGUUUUGGGUAAAAAAUGGAGCUUGACAAAAACAAAAUUUAAAGCUUUCAUUGAAGUUUUAUGUGGAGCAUACAAAACAAAAAAUUUAAAAUAUUGAUAUUUAUGGAACACAAAAUGGGAACCCAAGUUCUUUGCAAACACCAUGAGUACAAAUGAUUGUCCUGCCUAUUAGCGGUAUGAGAUAGUUUUUUUGAAAAUAGUAUGAAUUGAUACAAACCAGGACCAAAUAUUAUAAUUAAUGAACAACUUCUACCAACAUUUGCGAAUAAGCCCGACAAAUUUGAUAUCAAAUAUUGGUUAGCAUCUGAUGUUGGGAUUAAAUACAUUGAGGGUUUCCUUAAUUAGGAAAAGAUGAGAAACGAAUAACAUCACAGCCUCUAAAUGAAUUCGCCCCGCUCAAACUUGCCGAACCAUUCACUAUGAAAAGAAGGAAUAUAACAACUGACAACUUUUUUACAAGCUUACCGCUGGCAUCUAAAUUGUUAACCAAAAAAAAAAACCAUAUUGGUUGGCACUAUACACGGAAACAAAAGGGAACUCCCAACAAUUUAUAAAACAAAGAAGGAUAUUCGGGCUAUAUUUUCAUCAUUACUGUAUAAAUUACACAUACUGAGGCAAAUUAUGUCAAAUAAGUUUCAUGAUGCCAUUAACGACGAACUAGAGUUAGAUGCACAUCUUCAAGAGGCACAGGCAGAGGCUAGUCAAAAUGUUAUUUGUCAUAAGAGUCAGGGCUUGUCUAAUAACACAACAGAGUUGGAGAAAAACUUAGAAGAAGCUGAAUUAGCUAUAUAUUAUUUUUUUAAUAAUAAAUUUGACGAGGCUAAAUCUAUAGUUUUACCUCAUGCCAACACAAGCAUGUAUCAUUCAAUGGGACGAGCAAUGUUUUCCUUUUUGGAGGCUAUUCUAACGUUUGAACGGGCUCAUAUUCUCCAAGCUGGGGAUGAAUUGCGAAGCUGCCUCGACAUCUGUCAAAAAUACCGUCAUAAAAACACGAUAAGCGAGUCAAUAGGAAAAAAAUUAAAAAGGACAGCUUACUCCGCCUUGAGCGACAUGGAAGCUCACGCUGAACUUUGUAUGGCAGAAGCUUUGCUGCUUCAAGCGUUAUUAAUAUUCGCAGAAGAUGAAUCGCUUACUACCCUCAUUAAGGGUGGAGUCCAAAUAAACCAUUGCUACAACAACUAUAAAGAGUGUACUCUUACCUUAUCUAAUCGUGAAUGGCAAUCACAAAUAUCGAAAAUCCAUUUUGAAAGCGGAGUGCGGAUGGGAAUGGGCACAUUUAAUUUAAUGAUAUCGUUACUUCCCGCCAGUGUAAUCAAAUUACUUCAGUUUAUUGGCUUCUCUGGAGACAGAGAUGCCGGGCUGGAGGACCUUAAUCGCGGUUAUAAAACAUCUGGAUUACGCCAAGUGCUUUGUGCUCUGACAUUAUUGGGCUAUCACUUGAUCGUAUGUUAUAUAUUAGGCCAUCAGGAAGGUGAUUUGGUGUUAUGUGACGAUAUUCUACAGACGCAAUUGGAAAAGUAUCCACAUGGGGCAUUGUUCCUAUUUUUUAAAGGUCGCUUGGAGUUUAUGCGAGGCAAUUUGGUCACUGCAGAACAUUGGUACAAAAUGUCUUGGAGAUCGCAAAAUGUUUGGCCACAAUUCCACCAUUUGAGUUUCUGGGAGUUGCUGUGGGUUAAUUGUUUAAAAGUUGACUGGCGGGAAGCUAGUUUGUAUGCUUCGCAUUUGGUAGAGAGCAGUAAAUGGUCUCCCACUAUAUAUUCGUAUCAAAAAGCUACAACUAUGUUAAUGUUGCCUAAUCUAACCCACAAUGAAAACCAGAUCAUUGACACUUUAAUGACUACAGCUCCUACUUAUAAGCAACGCAUUGCUGGCAAAUCAUUACCCAUGGAAAAAUUCGUAUGCAAAAAAAUCGAGCGUUAUUUUUGUCAAGGUAAAUGGCUUUGUUUGCCUGCUGUUGAGCUGAUGUACGUGUGGAAUACUUUUACAGUGCUUAGUAAACAGCAUAGUCUAGCGGACGGUAUUUAUCAAAUUAUAGAAUGUAAAUUUAAUGAACUGAAGAACCUUAAAACGCAACGUAUAUAUGAUGCUGAUAAUAUCGCGUUAUGCUUAUUGUUACGGGGGGCUUUCUACAGACAAAUGAAAAAAAACUCAUUAGCUAUCAAAGAUUUAAAAGAAUGUAUUGCUUUGAAAAACGCCGUAAAAGACGACAAGUACAUAAUAGCCUUUGCUAAUCUAGAAGCCGGGUUGAUAUACGCUGAUGAAAAUCAAGUGGAUUUGGCAAUAAAUACAUUGGAAAAGAUCAAAAAGCAAUAUACUAGGUUUUCCCUGGAAUCACGAUUGCAUUUUCGCAUACAUACGGCUCUUAUGGAUCUUCGAAAACGCGUUGCCAAAUAAAUGUUCAAAAAUAACGGACACAUCUUAAAAAGAUAAUAAUCCCAAAGAAUUGAUAGUGGAAUUUAUUUUCCAAGCCAAUAAAUUUCCUAGUGUUAUAAAUGGUGUGGGUACUGAAUAAAACGUAUAUUAAUUAGAUUAUAUUAAAUCAAAUAAACCCAGUGUAACGUUGUUAAACUAUAUAUUACACAAAAUUUUUUUUA